AUGGGUCUUUCAGUCUCUCGUCUGCUCUCCGGCCUCUUCGGCAAGAAGGAGAUGCGUAUAUUGAUGGUCGGUCUCGACGCAGCCGGUAAAACCACCAUCCUCUACAAGUUGAAGUUGGGCGAGAUUGUCACCACCAUCCCCACCAUUGGUUUCAACGUGGAGACCGUGGAGUACAAGAACAUCUCCUUCACCGUCUGGGACGUCGGAGGCCAGGACAAGAUCCGUCCCCUCUGGAGGCAUUACUUCCAGAACACGCAGGGCAUCAUCUUCGUCGUCGACUCCAACGAUCGGGAACGUAUCUCGGAGGCCCGCGAGGAGCUCCAGCGGAUGCUCAACGAGGACGAGCUCCGCGACGCCCUCCUGCUCGUCUUCGCCAACAAGCAGGAUCUGCCCAACGCCAUGAACGCUGCUGAGAUCACCGACAAGCUCGGUCUCCACGGCCUCCGGCAGCGGACGUGGUUCAUCCAGGCGGCGUGCGCGACUAGCGGAGAUGGUCUGUACGAGGGUCUUGAGUGGCUGAGCGCCAACAUCAAGCGACGGGUGUAA